AUAAAGUUAGCAGACAAACGUCUAAGCAGACAAUCUAUAUAAUUUUAUGUUUUAAAGGAUAAGGAAUAAGUCGAUACAGCGAGCGAUAAGGGGUCGUUGAUACUUUUGAGCCGGCAGUUGUUAGCGUUUUAAUAAUUUCACAAUUGUCUGGUAGAUUUAACAGCGCCACGACAUGMAUACAGCACUGMACAGUCGACAGCUUUUUCAAAGCAUUUGGCAAACUCAUCGCGUUUUGAAGAUAAGCGCACAGCAAAUAUACAAUUCAACGUCGCUCCACAAACCAGUGGAAACCAAUGAAGACAAGAAGCCAAUACUUUAUUCGUACUGGCACAGCUCCUGCUCGUGGCGCGUUCGCACUGCACUUAACUGGAAGAAUAUUCCAUAUGAGACGCGAGCUGUCAACAUACUCAAGCCGGAAAGCGGACAUCAUUCUGCCGAGUAUCUUGCGAUUAAUCCUACGGCGCAUGUGCCAACACUAUAUAUAGAUGGGAAGAACCUCAUUGAGUCCAUUGCCAUUUUGCAUUAUUUGGAGGAGACGCGUCCGGUGCCAGCGCUGYUGCCGCAAGAUGCAUACGAACGUGCCAAGGUGCGUGAGAUUGUAGAAAUCAUAGCCUCAGGCAUACAGCCGUUACAAAAUCGGAAAGUGCAGAAGCGUGUUGAGCACGAUAAACGAUUGGAGUGGGUUCAGCAUUGGRUCAAUAGCGGUUUUCGCGCUCUAGAGGAAAAGCUCUCUACUUCGGCGGGCAAAUAUUGUGUGGGCGAUGAGAUUUCAAUGGCCGAUUGCUGUCUGCUGCCGCAAAUUUUUAAUGCCAGAAACUCCAAAGUGGAUAUGCGACAAUAUCCGAUUAUUUCACGUAUCGAAAGUGAAUUGGAAAUUAUUCCCGCCUUUAUAGCUGCUCAUCCAAGGAAUCAGCCGGACUGUCCAACGGAGUUAUCUGGCAAAUAAUAUUUUACAAUAUCGAAGAUAAAUAAUACGUUGUAUAAUUAUUUCCAACAACGAUAAAUGGGCAUAUUAUUUAAAAAAUUAAUAAAAUAAUGUGCAUUCACAGAAUCUGUAAUAAACUUUAAAAAUCAGCAAA